CUGAACAAAAAGGGGGCGAGAAAGAAAGACAAUCAGAUAAGAGAGUCAGCCCGACUGAAAAUAAUAUAAAAGAAAUUUAAAAAUACGGAUGUGACCGUACAAUAUGAUAGGAACAGGAAUCGGCGAGGAAGAAUACAGGCCGUUCCCUUUAUUGAGACUGGAAACAGUUAGGUUAGCUAGCUAGGCAGAGGUGCUAGCUAGCUAACGGACAGUUGGGAAAGGAAGGAUAAAGAUAGCUGGCUAACGUUAGCUGGCUAACUAGCCAGCUUGUUUGGACUGCCAUAGGACACAAGGAGUUAGCUAACGUUAGCUGGCUAGCUAGCUAAGAAUCCCGCUGCCGUGAACAGGGAAUUUGAGCGAAACAGGAAAGAAAGUGUGGCUGGCUAAAUAUGGGUCAUAUGUGUUUUUGUUGGAGACGCUCAGUAAGUUGGACUCAUUUGUGACUGCAUAAGAGAAAAGGACAGCAGAGUUAGACAUUAUCUUUCUAACAUUGCUGGGAAAUCCGCCGUUAGUUAUAAAAGUGGACAUAUAGCGCCUUUGCGGAGCACAAGGAUUUAGCUACCCUAGCUAGCUAGCUAGCUGGCUAGGAAUUCAGCUGUUCGUACGGAAAAGGAAAGAAAGUGUAGCCGGCUAGCUAAUAUGGGUCAUAUUUUGAACUGAGGUAUUCCUUUGGUCAGACGACGGACCAGCCAGGAAACGCUGCGGAUAUUUCGAAAAGAGCCGGAGAAAGAUUUAAUUCGUUGCAAGAAGAGAUCACAGUAAGCCUGCGGAGCUGGCCAUGCCUGCAAGUGUGCGUGCAGGGAGUCUGAAGGACCCUGAGGUAGCAGAUCUCUUCUACAAAGAUGACCCUGAGAAACUCUUCGCUGACCUCAGAGAGAUUGGCCACGGAAGCUUUGGAGCUGUCUACUUUGCACGAGAUGUUCGCUCCAACGAGGUGGUGGCCAUCAAAAAGAUGUCCUACAGUGGCAAGCAGUCCAAUGAGAAAUGGCAAGACAUCAUUAAAGAGGUCAAGUUCCUUCAGAAGCUCCGGCACCCCAACAUCAUCGAGUACAAAGGCUGCUAUCUGAGGGAACACACAGCUUGGCUGGUGAUGGAGUAUUGUUUGGGUUCUGCCUCUGAUCUUUUAGAGGUGCAUAAGAAGCCCCUUCAGGAAGUGGAAAUCGCUGCUAUUACCCAUGGUGCACUGCAGGGUCUGGCCUACCUUCAUUCUCACAACAUGAUCCACAGGGAUGUGAAGGCAGGUAAUAUUUUGCUGACUGAGCCUGGCCAGGUGAAACUGGGAGAUUUUGGCUCUGCCUCUAUCGUUGCCCCUGCCAACUCUUUUGUGGGCACGCCCUACUGGAUGGCCCCGGAAGUUAUCUUGGCGAUGGAUGAGGGUCAGUACGAUGGGAAGGUGGAUGUCUGGUCUCUGGGAAUCACCUGCAUAGAGUUAGCGGAGCGAAAACCGCCCUUGUUUAAUAUGAAUGCUAUGAGUGCCUUAUAUCACAUUGCUCAGAACGAAAGCCCCAUCCUGGCGUCAAAUCACUGGUCAGAUUAUUUCCGUAACUUUGUGGACUCUUGUCUACAGAAGAUUCCUCAGGACAGGCCUACCUCUGACGUGCUGCUCAAUCAUCGGUUCCUGUGUCGAGAGCGCCCCCUGUCUGUGGUGAUGGAUCUGAUCGCACGCACUAAAGAUGCAGUGAGGGAGCUGGACAACCUGCAAUACAGGAAGAUGAAGAAAAUUCUUUUCCAGGAGACGCACAAUGGCCCCACACAAGACGGAGGCGAGGAGGAGGAAGAUGUGGAGCAGUAUCUGUUGCGGACAGGCACGGUAAACAGCAUGGAGAGCUCUCAAUCGGUGCCCUCCAUGUCCAUCAGUGCCAGCUCCCAGAGCUCCUCAGUCAACAGCCUGGCUGAUGGUUCAGAUGACAGUGCUGAGAUGGCCAUGAUGGGAGAAGGAGAGCACACAGUCACCUCCAACAGCUCCAUCAUUCACCGGCCCUCUGGUCCUGAUAAUAUCUAUGAUGACCCAUACCAACCGGAGAUGGAUUCCCAGCAGCAGCAGCAACAGCAGCAACAGCAGGCAGCCUCAGGAGCUCGCAGAAGAGCACACUACCGCAACCGUGAUCACUUCGCCACCAUCCGCACAGCUUCACUGGUGACGCGGCAGAUCCAAGAGCACGAGCAGGGCUCAGCACUUCGGGAGCAAAUGACUGGCUACAAACGCAUGCGGCGGCAACACCAGAAGCAGCUGCUGGCACUGGAGAACAAGUUAAAGGCUGAGAUGGAUGAGCACCAGCUGCGGCUGGACAAAGAGCUGGAGAGCCAAAGGAACAGCUUCAGUAGCGAGGCAGACAAACUGGCCAAGAAACAUCAGGCAAUCUUGGAGAAAGAGACUAAAGCAGCCCUGGCUGAGGAGAAGAAGUUCCAGCAGCACAUCCUGGGCCAGCAGAAGAAAGAGCUCACCAGCCUGCUGGAGUCCCAGAAACGGCAGUACAGACAGCGCAAGGAGCAGCUUAAAGAGGAGCUGAAUGAGAACCAGUCCACCCCUAAGAGGGAGAAACAGGAGUGGCUCGUGAGGCAGAAGGAGUGUCUCCAGCAGAUCCAGGCAGAGGAGGAGGCUGGCUUACUACGCCGCCAGAGGCAGUAUUACGAGCUACAGUGUAGACAGUAUAAGAGGAAGAUGCUGCUAGCACGACACAACCUGGAGCAAGACCUGCUCAGAGAGGAGCUGAAUAAGCGUCAGACACAAAAGGAUCUGGAGUGUGCAAUGCUGCUGCGGCAUCAUGAGUCCACGCAGGAGCUGGAGUUCCGGCAGCUGGGCCUUGUGCAGCACACUCGUGCUGACCUUAUCCGCACGCAGCAUCAGAGCGAGCUCGCCAACCAGAUGGACUACAACAAGCGGCGGGAGCAGGAGCUGCGGCAGAAGCACAGCAUGGAGGUCCGCCAGCAGCCCAAGAGCCUGAAGACUAAAGAGCUACAGAUCAAGCGCCAGUUCCAGGACACGUGUAAGAUCCAGACAAGGCAGUACAAGGCACUGCGGAACCAUCUGCUGGAGACCACACCCAAGUCGGACCACAAGGCCGUGCUGAAGAGGCUGAAGGAGGAGCAGACUCGCAAACUGGCCAUCCUGGCUGAGCAGUACGACCACUCCAUUAAUGACUUGCUGUCCACACAGGCUGUGAGUAAGUUGCGAUUGGAUGAGACGCAGGAGGCAGAGUACCAGGUCCUGAGGAUGCAGCUGCAACAGGAGUUGGAGCUGCUGAACGCGUAUCAGAGCAAGAUUAAAAUGCACACUGAUACGCAGCACGAGAGGGAGGUUAAAGACUUGGAGCAAAGAGUAUCCAUCCGGAGAGCGCUGCUUGAACAGAGGAUUGAGGAAGAGAUGCUCUCUCUUCAGAAUGAGCGUUCUGAGCGCAUCCGGACAUUGCUGGAGCGGCAGGCCCGAGAGAUUGAGGCUUUCGACUCUGAGAGCAUGCGGCUGGGUUUCAGCAACAUGGCCCUCACUGGCAUCCCUGCUGAGGCCUACAGCCAGGGCUACCCCAACCCACCCUCCUCAGGGCCCGGUGGCUGGCCCUCUCGCCCUGUGCCCCGCUCGGGCAGUCACUGGAGCCAUGGCGUUCAGAAUUCAGCAGCGCCCCCCUCCUGGAGGAGCCAGAACAGCACAGCUGGAUUCGGGAGAGUCGAGUCAGUCUCAAUUCGAGAGAGGGAGAGGGACAGCGAGCGAGAUUUCGACAUACUGGGAUCGCGUGGCCUGCCUAGUUCUCUUUCGUCAGCCUCGUCAUCCUCCUCUUCAUCCUCCUCAUCCCACCAUCGCCUCCAUUAUCUUCCGCAGCAGUACCACCAUCAGAGCACACCGCACCUGUACCGGGAGACCCGUGAACGAGAUCGGGAGCGAGAGAGAGAGUGGGGGGGCGGAGGAGGAGGGAGCCACCACUCCUCCUCUUCAUCGUCCUACUCCCAUGGACACUCACACCACCAUCUCUCUGCCCACGCUUCCUCUCAGUCUCUUGCUCUGCUUCCUCCUCCUCCACCACCUCCACCCAUUUCUCUUUCCUCCUCCUCUCCCCAGUCAUCCUCCUCCUCUUCCUCCUCUCAGGGUGGGUAUGGAGGGAGAGGGGAGGGCCUAGUGGUGAGGGGCCCCAGUCUGAUGGCCCUGAGGAACAGCCCGGGGCCCCUGAGGAGGACAGCGUCGGGUGGAGGGCCAGGAGGACCAGGUGGAGAUGGAGGCCUGAGCCGCAGCACCUCAGUCACCUCUCACAUCUCCAAUGGAUCCCACCUCUCCUACUCCUAAAGUCACCAAGGAGGCAGACGCCUUUGGGAGAAAUUUACAAGGGAGGUCCUCGGGUUGGGUUGGGUUAGGCUCUUUAGUGUUUUGGAGCCUUUGUUGGCUGGUAUUUAGUGUGGAUUUGAAAGAUCUUCAUUCCACCCCUUUAAUAGUAAAUCAGGUGGGAUUAGCCGUAGCCCAUGCUGUGGCUUUUUCUGAUCAGUAUUUAGACAGUGAGCAGCAGUCAUCACCUUUACUCAUAAGGUAGAUUGAACUCAGGGUUACCAAGGGAGUGGGUGGGGGG